CAAGCUUUCUGGUGGUUAGAAUGACCAAGAGAGUACCUGCCUAAUGGAGCAGAAGGUUCUCAAACAAGGCUAGUGGAUGACUUGAGACUAAAGCUGGAUGAUUACUUCUCCCAGAAGGUGGUGGACUCUCACUGCAAUCUCAAUUACUUCUGAGGUUUCUUCCAACCCUUUGAAUCUAUGAUUGUAUAUAAGAAAUGGAAUAAAGUAUUUGGCUUUUUUGAAUCUUGCAAAAACACGUUUAAAUGUAAUGCUUUGUUCUUAAGUAUACUUUUUUUUUUAAAGGAAAUUAUAUUUGGAGACUUUUAUGAUCCCGAAGUAUACAAUCCUUUUUAUUUUUUAUUUUUUUGUGGUAUGCGGGCCUCCCUCUGCUGCGGCCCCUCCCGUUGCGGAGCACAGGCUCCAGACGCGCAGGCUCAGCGGCCAUGGCUCACGGGCCCAGCCGCUCCGCGGCAUGUGGGAUCCUCCCAGACCGGGGCGCGAACCCGGUUCCCCUGCAUCGGCAGGCAGACGCGCAACCACUGCGCCACCAGGGAAGCCCCUACAAUCCUUUUUGUAUGACAAAAAAGAAUUCAAAUUAUGGAAAGGUUACGGCCCCACCGUUCUGUGAUCCUCUGUUUAGAAGACAGCAAGAGUCUGAUGAAGAGCGGAGGGCUGUUUUUCAGUACAAGACGGGAAAACAAUGUACCUUAAAAGAAUUUAAAGAACUAGAGAAGGCCAGACAGUAUGCCAGAUUGCCCCAGCUGACUUUCAGUCUCCACAGAGUGGUUCCAAGAGAGCAGCCCAAAGCUUCUGCAAGGCCUGUGGGAAGCAAAACUCGUAGCAAAUGCAGUCCUGAAAAGCUUGUCUGUGCAGAAGAGAAAUAUCCGCCUGAUAAAGAGAAAACGACUGGUGACCUAAGUCAGACUGUUUUUGAAAGGCAGUUUUAUUCCUCGAAGCUUGGCCAGGAGAGUAAAAAGCAUGAAAAGAAGAGUCUGGUUUUAGGAACCAGACGGCACAGACCCAGAUCCUGGGCAGCUGGGGAAGGCCAGCAGAGGUGGAGGUCACAGCCCAUGGAAAGAAGAGUGAUGACAGCAGAGGUCCUGGGGUGGCACCCGGCCGCGCCCGGAACUGCGCCCCAUAAGGGGCCGUUUAUAACAAAGCUUUGCUGACCUUUAAUUUGCAGUGUCUCUACAACAG